AUGUCGCUAGAAGAGAAAGAGCCCCAAAAAACCGACUCCUCCGCCGAGACUCCUCCCACGAUUCGAGAAUCAUGGGCGCCGUUGACCGAAACCCUCGAGCCUAUCCCUACGCAGUCCCAGCUCACGGAUGAACUCGACACUCAAAUUAGAGAGGCCCAUGCGCAGCUCGCAAAUCUCAUACGGCAGCGACGGCUCAUUGAGCUCAAACAGCAGGUUUUUGAUGAGCAGGUAGCGCUUGAGGUGGCCCGGAAACGGCUCGCGGCCACCUCCAGCAAAGAUCGCUCGCCCACUGUCAUGAACGACAGACAAGACAGGGUAUUUGUUACGUCGAUGCAAACUGGGUAUAGCAAAGCUGGUAUUACCCAAGCUCCAAACACUGCUCUUAUUGCACCAUCUGAGCAGACUGUCCGUCCUUCUUUCCGUACGCCCCAGCCUAAUUCCUCACCCGUUAAACCUGAGAAUACCGCUUUGAAUGGCCCCGCGAAUUCAAAAUUGGAAAUAUCAGGGGAGCCUGCUACAGCUAAAAUAUUGGCCACAUUACCUCACCAAGCCCCCACCAAUUCAAACAACCAAACUUCUCCAGUCCCGAACAUACCAGUGUACCAUGGGCGUGCUCUCGGCGAAUUCAAAAAUUACGCUAGGAGCCUGGAAUGUCACUUUGAGAAAUAUUCAGGCUGGUACAUCACCGACGAGCGCAAAGUCACCCGGGCCCUAAAGCACGUUGCCUUCAAUCUACAGAAUGGGUGGAAGCGACAGGUACGCGACAUGUCCAGUGAGCAGGUUACAUUUGGUGGGCUUUGCACUUUUCUUAUUUACCAGCUCCAAAAUGGAGUCUAUCCGGAGGUGGCCAAGGCGCGCUACAUGGAUAGCUACCAGCGCCCAUCCCAAUCUGUUACUGAUUUCUCCAACUGGAUACAGCAGUGGGAGCCACAUUUCCACAAUAAUUUGUCAGAGCGUGACCGCAUGCGCCAUCUCUUCGAACAUCUGUCGAAUAGAGUCCGCGAAGAGGCUGACAAAACUCACCUGGACUUCACCCAUUAUUAUGAUUUCGUCGUUUACCUGCAAAGGAUCGAGGACUCCAUUGAUAAACGUGCCGGACCACUACGCAAGAAGUAUAGCAACCCCAGGAAGCGACCUCACUCCCGCAGCUGA